CCUCACAGUGAGGCAAGGGGUUCAAAUCUCAAACUCGGAGUGGUACAGCUACUGAUGAAAGGGCUGGGCGGACGGGGCAUACGGCCUUUGAUCCCUCAAAAACGAGUUCUGCAUGAACGAGUUUGGAGGAGUAUUGCAUGGCCGGGGGUGGGCUUGGACACAAAUGCCGAAUCAGCGUAUUAGGUUAGGUAACUUUUAGUUUUGUACUGUACAACGGCCGUUGGAGGCUAGAUCGGGAGGUUUCUUCCUGAGUAAUCAAUUAUCCGUAGGUGAGGUGGCCUUAGUGGCUGCCAUCCUUGGGUAGCUGCGAUUGACCGAUGAUGUCGGAGGGGUCGCUCUCGUUUCUUUUAAAACCUGCACGUUUCGUCAUCCACUUCACCCCGCCAAUUUCUCCUUGCCGUCUUACUAGUUGAGAACUUUCCAGCAGCGAACGCUUCCAGCGACCACGCUCUAGUUUGCUACCUCAACGCCCCAAGAACUCCUAGACAGCAACCUUCACAAUGUCUGGCGCAGUCGCUCGCCUAGCGAACAUCAACGUUGGCGGCGCUCCCAAAGCGGGCACCUCUCUGCUACAGUCCGAUGAAAAUGCUAACAAUGGUGCCAGCGCUGAUAUCGGCCUCAUCGGCCUGGCCGUCAUGGGCCAAAACCUGAUCCUGAACAUGGCUGACCACGGCUUCACUGUUUGCGCGUUCAACCGCACCGUGUCCAAGGUCGACGUUUUCCUUGCCAACGAGGCCAAGGGCAAGUCGAUCGUCGGCGCUCAUUCGGUCGAGGAGUUCGUCUCCAAGCUGAAGCGCCCCCGCCGCGUCAUGCUCCUCGUCCAAGCUGGCAAGCCCGUAGACGACUGGAUUGAGACUCUGCUGCCUCUGCUCGAGGCUGGCGACAUCAUCAUCGACGGCGGCAACUCGCACUUCCCCGACUCAAACCGCAGGACAAAGUACCUCGCCUCCAAGGGCAUCCGCUUCGUCGGCUCCGGUGUUUCCGGCGGCGAGGAGGGUGCUCGGUACGGCCCCUCUCUGAUGCCCGGCGGCAACGAGGAGGCCUGGCCUUACAUCAAGGACAUCUUCCAGAGCAUUGCUGCCAAGAGCGAGGGCGAGGCCUGCUGCGAGUGGGUCGGCGACGAAGGUGCUGGUCACUACGUCAAGAUGGUGCACAACGGUAUUGAGUACGGCGACAUGCAGCUCAUCUGCGAGGCGUACGACAUCAUGAAGCGCGGCCUCGGCAUGACCAGCAAGGAGAUCGGCGACGUCUUUGCCAAGUGGAAUCAGGGAGUCCUGGACUCCUUCCUGAUCGAGAUUACCCGGGACAUUCUGUAUUUCAACGACGACGAUGGCGUCCCGCUUGUCGAGAAGAUCCUCGACAAGGCCGGCCAAAAGGGUACCGGCAAGUGGACUUCUGUCAACGCUCUGGACCUGGGCAUCCCGGUCACUCUUAUCGCCGAAGCCGUCCUUGCCCGUUGCCUGUCUGGCAUCAAGGACGAGCGUGUCAAGGCGUCGACCAAGCUCCAGUAUGUCAGCCGCCAGAAGACCUUCGAAGGAAACAAGGAGCAAUUCCUGGAGGAUCUCGAGCAGGCCCUCUACGCGUCCAAGAUCAUCUCGUAUGCCCAGGGCUUCAUGCUCAUGCAGGAGGCUGCCCGUGAGUACGGCUGGAAGCUCAACAAGCCCUCGAUCGCCCUCAUGUGGCGCGGCGGAUGCAUCAUCCGCUCCGUCUUCCUUAAGGACAUCACGGCGGCGUACCGCAACAACCCGGAUCUCGAGAACCUGCUCUUCGACGAUUUCUUCAACAAGGCCAUCCACAAGGCGCAGCCCGGUUGGAGAGAUGUCGUUGCCACGGCUGCCUACCUCGGCAUCCCGACCCCGGCUUUCUCGACGGCCCUGUCGUGGUUCGAUGGCUACCGCACCAAGGACCUGCCGGCCAACCUGCUGCAGGCGCAGCGUGACUACUUCGGUGCCCACACUUUCCGGAUCAAGCCCGAGGCGGCGAAUGAAAAGUACCCGGAGGGCAAGGACAUCCACGUCAACUGGACCGGACGUGGCGGCAAUGUUUCUGCGUCGACAUAUCAGGUGUAAGAGCGCAGCUCGGUUUAAUAACGGAAUCUGGGGGGUCUUCUGGAAGGACACCUUACGAAAUUAACGUAAAGUAAAAUGGGAAAUAGAAACUAUUGAUGAAUUCACAUCCUUUUUUUGAUGCAAGAUUUUGCACUGGGCAUAGUAGUGCAGCUUUUUGGUGGCUGCAGGACACUCCAUGGUACUUCCUCCUGAGAUGUACUUUAUGUUUUAUUCCGUACGGAUCCGU